UGUAAGGGUGUCGGCCACAACGGUUCAGCAGCUUCCUCCUCCUGCAUCACGGCUCAUUACCAUCCCCUGACCGCCAUAACCCUCCCCCCACCACUAACACCCAAUUCUUCAAAUAUUCCCCUCCAGUCUUGCACAGGUGUACCGGCUCCUCCCCUUCAGUCUUGCACAGGUGUACCGGCUCCUCCCCUCCAGUCUUGCACAGGUGUACCGGCUCCUCCCCUUCAGUCUUGCACAGGUGUACUGGCUCCUCCCCUCCAGUCUUGCACAGGUGUACCGGCUCCUCCCCUUCAGUCUUGCACAGGUGUACCGGCUCCUCCCCUUCAGUCUUGCACAGGUGUACCGGCUCCUCCCCUUCAGUCUUGCACAGGUGUACCGGCUCCUCCCCUCCAGUCUUGCACAGGUGUACCGGCUCCUCCCCUUCAGUCUUGCACAGGUGUACUGGCUCCUCCCCUCCAGUGUACCGGCUCCUCCCCUUCAGUCUUGCACAGGUGUACCGGCUCCUCCCCUUCAGUCUUGCACAGGUGUACCGGCUCCUCCCAUUCAGUCUUGCACAGGUAUACCGGCUCCUCCCCUUCAGUCUUGCACAGGUGUACCGGCUCCUCCCCUUCAGUCUUGCACAGGUGUACCGGCUCCUCCCCUGGACUGAAACGGCUUCCUCUGAUGUCACUGCACACUGGGAGCUUCUCACAAUGUAUA